AUGGCUUUCGCUGAAGCAUUAUAAAAUGUAUUCAUUGUAUAUCAUUUCUACGUUUCUAACAAAGUUUAAAUGCUCCAAUUAAAACCUCCUUUCUUCUGGCUUUGUUAUUCAGCGGUUGAAAAAUAAUUCUCUAAAGUGCGGAUUCUGUCCUCGUAAUCCAUUAAGAAGUCGAAAGUAGAGUUCAAAACAACUUGCUUUCAAACAUUUUGAAAGAAGAUAUCCACUCCAACUCACCUACUCGUGGCAAACAAGCAUUUCAAUUUUACUCCCUCUUACUCACUAAAUGGUAAACAGUGCCUGAAGGGGUUGACAGUGAAUUUGCCGACUGCACGCAUCUUUCAUCCAACAACUAACAAGAGCCAAUUUUUUCGUCAUAGGUGCUGUGGAGUUUUUGUGGACAAGUAGAUUCUCCAGGCUCUCUUAUAAUGACCGAAAUAUUCGAAAAAAUACAUCGAGGAUCCAAUUCUGAUAGCCAAAAUCAAUAUCCGUCCUCAUCUUCAGAUCCUUCUUUUAAAAUUUCUCUCUCUUCUACUCCUUCCGUUUCUGUGGAGACAGCGGAAGCAAAAGGGACGACUGAAUAUGAAAAUCAAAAUGUAUCAGCGGGCUAUGACCCCGUUCUUUUACCAGACCGGUUGAAGAAUGUUUACGAAGAAAUAACUACUCAAGUGAAACAAACAGAAAAAACAAAAGAUUCUGAGGAACAGCCUGACCAUUCUAGGAAAAAUACAACCGAAGCUACAGCGUCUACAUCUGCGGAUAUCAAAUCUGAACACCUCGAGCCUCAAAUCGACACAUUAAAAACUCCUCCAUCUAAACAUUGCCAACUUAAUCGCAUAGUUCAUGAGCAACAUGAACCAAUGACAUCCAACCAAAUUCUGGGUCGUUUAGUUGUACGUCUUCGUCAAGGUCGCAAUCUCUUAAUUUCCAAUAUGCAUGCUGAACCAUAUGCAGUUAUAAAUUAUGACAGAACCGAAGUCGUUACUCCUUCUCCAAAGAAAGUCAGUGAAAAUGGGAUGGGAAUUUCCAUCCCUUCUAAAUCACGCCCUGUGAACGAAACUUUUCCUGUAUCUCCUUCUCUUGUGCAGUCUGAAUUGAUGUUUGCUGAAGCUCGAGCCCCUCGAUGGGAUUUUGAAACUGUCUUUGACGUUAUCAAUCCGGAAUCCGCCAUUUCUGUCAGCGUGUACGACCGUAUGAAUGAUGAUAUGUUUUUAGGAAGUGUUAAAGUUGUGCCUGUUUUGUUAAACGAGUACUUGAAUGAGAACUGGUAUAAACUGGAGCCCUUCGACUUAUCUCAGCCUUUUGAAGGUGAAAUUAAUGUUCAAACUAUUUUUGAACAGUCAAAAAUAACACGAUAUGGACCAGAGGAUUUUAGUGUUCUCCGGCUCAUCGGGAGAGGAACAUUCGGUCAUGUUUAUCUUGUUCGGAAAAAGGACACGAACCGAAUAUAUGCUAUGAAAAAGAUUUCUAAAAAGUUAAUUGUCAAAAAAAAAGAAGUUACACAUACUAUUGGGGAAAGGAAUAUUCUGGUUCGGACUUCGCUUCACGAGUCGCCGUUUAUCGUUGGAUUAAAGUUUUCGUUUCAAACUGCUUCUGACCUGUACUUAAUAACUGACUACAUGAGCGGCGGUGAAUUGUUUUGGCAUUUACAACAUGAGGGACGGUUUCGCGAAGAUCGGGCCAAGUUUUAUAUAGCAGAACUCGUUUUGGCUUUGGAACAUCUUCAUAAGCAUGAUAUUAUUUAUCGAGACCUGAAGCCUGAAAAUAUUCUAUUAGACGCAAGCGGACAUAUUGCGUUGUGUGAUUUUGGAUUGUCGAAAGCAAAUCUUUCGUCCGAAGACACUACAAAUACUUUUUGUGGAACAACAGAAUACCUAGCACCCGAGAUUUUAUUGGACGAUAAGGGGUAUACUAAGCAGGUAGAUUUUUGGUCUCUUGGGGUUUUAGUUUUCGAAAUGUGUUGUGGUUGGAGUCCUUUUUAUGCACCUGAUGUGCAGCAAAUGUACAGAAAUAUUGCCUUUGGAAAGGUUCGAUUUCCCAAAGGCGUGCUAUCCCAUGAAGCUCGCAGCUUUGUGCGUGGAUUACUGAAUCGGAAUCCCAGACAUCGGAUAGGAGCAACUGCAGAUGCAGAGGAACUAAAAGCACAUCCUUUUUUUGACGACAUUAACUGGACUUUGCUGGAGAAGAAAAAGUUACCACCUCCGUUCAAGCCUCAUGUUCAGAGUGAUUUGGAUGUUUCCAAUUUUGAUCAAGAAUUUACGAACACCAAUGUUCGGAAUGUGAACCUGGAUAGUUCUCAUGAUUCAGUCAAUGGUUCUACACCCCUCUCAAAUACUAUUCAAGAUCGAUUCAAAGGAUUUACUUUUACCGAUAAAUCUUUAGAAGAACGUUUUGAAGAUGUCAACAUUGGGGAAUUCCAUGAAAAUGAUCGGCCAAAAGUGAAUGACUCCGUAUCUAAUGAAAAAAACCGUUUUGAUAAAGAUGAUCCGGUAGCAGAUUCUGUCUUUGGAGAAACAUUUGAGGGCUAAGCUUUCAAAACCAGUAUUCUCGGCAUUAUAAUAGCUACUGUGUACCAUGACCUCUAAUCUUGCAUUUUUGUUUACUUCUGAGUUUUUAUUUUUACCGCUCCUUAUUGCAUUUCUUUCAUUGUUAUUGAUUUAUUCUUUAUUAAUUUUUAUACGUUCUAUUUGUUAACGAAGUUUCAUUUUACUUCUCGACGACCUGUAUUAAUAACCAUAUAACUUUAAGCGAACAGA